AUGUUACAAGGAAUCAAUAUAACAAAUAAUAAAUUUAUACUCCUUUCUUCAAAUGUAUUGAUAUCAAUAUCAAAAGUAUAUUCUUUACCAACACAAUUUUUGUAUAAUAGAUUUGAUGUUAAUAGAGUUGAAAAAUUUGCAAAUAGUGUUUCAAGUCAAUCAUCUGAUGAGAUAUCUAAAACUAUUUCGAAAAAAUACAAAACAUUACAGAAAAUCAUUAAUGAGAUUAGUAGUGUUGAUGAAUUUAACUAUAAUAUUAAUAAUAAUAGUUGUAUAAUAGGUAUUCAAAAUCCUAUUGAGAGAAGACUAAAAGAUUGUUCUAAAUCAAAAAGAAUUGCAAAUACUCUCGAGAAAUCUGAUACAAAAAUGAAUUAUGAAGAUAGUAAUUAUGAAGAAUUAUUAGCAACCUCUACAAGUUAUGAAUAUGUUCGAGAAAUAUUGAACAUAGAAAAAUCU